UCAUUUAACCGUUGGUUGUUGCAGACUCUAUACAUACCUCUCGGGCCGGCGAUUCCUCUCGGUCUCUGGGAUCGUUUUCUGGAUUUUGUGUGUCUGUUCGGUGAAAUAUUUUAAAAUUAGACAAAUUUCAAGUGCCCCAUCUAGCGACACUAAUUGCAUCGUGUGUACUCGGAAAUUGUGCAAUCCAAAGUGGUGUCAAGUCGGGCGUGGGAAACGAACUGUCGGUGAAAUCAGGACACGUGUUGUGCAAGGAAGAUACAGCGUGAUUUAAAAGGUGAAAAUCUGCCAUCUUCCGUGGAGUGCUUCCGUGGAACGAACCGAACGACGACGACGACGACGAAAAAUCGAGAAAAUUUAGUUGUUGCUGCAGCUAGUUCAAGCGAGGAAGAAAAACAAAAAGUCGCGUUUUUUUUUGUGUGUGAGCUAGUGCAUGUGAGCGAUAGUGGGCGGAAGGCGGAAAAUUGGCUUUUCACAGUUGAUUGGGUGCAGCGGAAUUAAGGCACAGUCCGUGUCAAGUGUGACUUGUGUGUGUGUGUCGGUGUGACUAAAGCUUAGUUGGCCGAAGAAGAAGAAGAAGAGGAAGUUGCUGUUGUUGGAGAGCAUCGUACGGCGUCAAGAUGACCGAGAGUGCAGGUGUGAAGCAGAUCGUGGGCGUGUCGGACAUCACCGAGAACCGCAACAUAUGGCGCAUGCUGAUCGCGGAGUUCCUCGGCACCUUCCUGCUGGUGUCGAUCGGCAUCGGUAGCACGAUGGGCUGGGCUGGGGACGACGCGUCCAAGCCGACGAUGACACAGAUUGCCUUCACCUUCGGCCUGGUGGUGGCCACUCUCGCUCAGGCAUUUGGCCACGUGAGCGGCUGCCACAUCAACCCCGCGGUCACCAUCGGACUGAUGGUAACGGCCGACAUCAGCAUACUGAAGGGUGCCUUCUACAUCGUGUCCCAGUGCGUGGGAGCGAUCGCUGGAGCUGCUCUGAUUAAGGCAGCCACCCCGGCCGACGUCAUCGGUGGGCUGGGCGUCACCGGCAUUGACCCUCGCAUGAGCACCGGCCAGGGCGUCCUGAUCGAGGCCCUCAUCACCUUCAUCCUUGUGUUCGUGGUUCAUGGCGUCUGUGACAAUCGUCGUUCCGACAUCAAGGGUUCGGCCCCGCUGGCCAUCGGACUGUCCAUCACUGCCGGACAUCUGAGUGCGAUUCGAUACACCGGUGCCAGCAUGAACCCGGCUCGUUCCUUCGGACCGGCCGUUGUGAUGGGUAACUGGACCGACCAGUGGGUGUACUGGGUUGGCCCAAUUGUCGGUGGCAUUAUUGCCGGUGCUAUCUAUCGUCUGUUCUUCAAAAUGAACACUAACAAAGUAGGCCAAGUGACUAACGACGUUCAGUACAUAUAGUCGCAGGCUAGCCCCACCCCCACAUACUUAGUAUCUGAUAAUACCAUAAGUUAUCUAAUGUAAUAACAAAACAAUAACCAACAAACAACAGCAUCAGCCACGCGCAAAGUUAUUGAACGCAAUGACGAGCGAUCCUGCCAUUAUUGGAAAUGUGUGUGCUAAUUAACAAAUCUGUAUCUGCGUGUCCGUUGAAAUUUUUGUGGGGGAAAAUAACAACAGUAAGAACAAUAGAAAGGAUACUGAACGGUUCAUCAAACCGUUCUGAUGCUUGAUUCAAUUCCACCUUAACAAAAAAAGCCAAAUUCGAGCAAAAAAGAGAUGAAUAUUUUAACACAAAUGGUACUACAUAUAUUUAAACAAAAUUUCGCACUAUACUUUUGGUUUAGUUUCUCCAAGAAUAUUGUACAAAGAAGUGAUUGUGAAAAAUUGGGAAAAACAAUAUUUUCCUAAUUGUUCACAAAUACUUCAAUAUUUAUUCGGUGCCUUAAAAACUAAAUAUUUAUCUAUUACUUAAAAUUGUCUUAUCCAAAUUUACGGGAAUACUAAUAGUACCAUCAGAUCUUUUGUUUUUUUGUCAUUUAAAAUAAAGUUUCCGCUUUUAAAUGUUUAAGAAAUUGUACAUAAUGCGCUACCUAACUCACAAACCUUUCUAUCUGUAUAUGUUAGUUAGUUCGUAUUCUAUUGAACAAGGUGCUGGGUUUGAACAAGAAAUUGAUCGCAUUUUAUUUAAUCGACUUAAUCUCUUCACAAUAUUGUGCAUGCGCAUUCACUUUUACUAACCCUAUGAGUCGAACUAAACCUCCAAAAUUCCUAAGCCAAAUCUGUGAAACAAAAGAAAAACGUAAUUUUCACCAUUUCCUCAAAACACCGCCACGAUUCGAUCUAAAGAGCAGGCGAUGGCACCGCUGUUAGUAUUAGAAGAAACAAACAAACAAUGCUGUUAUCUGUUAAUUAUCAUGUGUUUGUUCCAUUUAGUUGUUAAUUUAGAGCACCCUCCCAAGCAGCAUCUCGAUUUAACGAAAAGCAAAAAAUAAAUGCAAAUUACAAAUUCCAUCCUCGAAGCUGGCACUAUUAAUCACACACACGAUAAUAAUGUACAUUAGUUAAUAGUGCACUGUUACUGUUGCUCUGGUGUAUUUAUUUGCAAAUUCAAAUGAAGAUCAAACUUUACCGGGAAUUGCUGCUAAUCCGGUUUCUAAUCUUUCGUCGUAAAUUGCGGUGCAAACUAUGCAAAAAUUGGUUGAUAUAAAUGCCCAUCCGUAUAUUCUUGUAUGUAUUAUAUACAUUGGAAUUUACACCACUUUUAUUGUAAAGAAACAUGUUGAAUAAAUAUGAAUAUUUAAACAAAAAUCUA